AUGCCGACAGGUGGUAAUGCUCGUAGCGUUCAUUCCAGCGUAAACGACCUCAUCAAGGCAACGAUUCUUGACAUAGAACACAUUCUCAAACGUCUACCGCAGCGAGGUGAUCGCGUCGAUGUGGUGAAGGCUGGCCAGGAAAGCAACCUCAACGAGAUCAACCUCUGCUCCAGAAAGAAUAGGAGCACUUCUAACACGUCCGUUGAACGAUGCUCCACAUGCGGGCCCUCCUGUGCGUCCUCGUCACGGUCGAGUGGAGCAGAGCACAGGCGUGAAGUGUCUUCAUCAAAAGCGGUCGAAUCAGCGCCAAAUGAUCAGGCUAACCAGCGCGGACUUCCAAAAGCAAAAGGACGUAUUGUACCUGACUCGAUUUGUGUGACACCGUUAGAAUCCGAAUACGGUAUGAUGAUUGACAUGGUCCUGUCCGUGAUAUUAGAAGAAACCAGUGAAACCAAACUGAUCGAUGUUCGCGUUGAAUGUCCGAAUUUCAAGCCAAGUCGAAUUCAUAUCGGUGGGAAAUGGUAUGACGUCGUUGAUGACGGUACCAACGCCCACAAUUGA